UUAUUUUUAGCAAUACCUAAAUCUUUUUAAAUUCACACAAGAACGGAUUUAGGCUAUGGGGUAGCCUAGUAUGCAGGCGGUGGGUCACGGCCAGGUAGUUCCUAGCCCUACCUACCUGGUAGCCUAGUAGGGAGGUUUGACUUUCCUUGUCGUCAUCUUUGGAGAUGGUUAAAGGUGAGAAAAACACGAUGGGAACAACUACAGCAUGGCAUAUGGGACAAACUUUAAAGCGUGGGAAGGUUCGGGAAUCACACAUGGAACAGUUGAUUUUAGACCCACCUCCAGAGAAUGCUGAUGAUGACAUCAAAGCAGCUUUCACAGAACUUCUGAUGCCUGAAAACCCAUCUCAGCAAAUUGGAGCAGUAGACAAACUAUUAUGUGCAUCUGUAAAGUCAGAAGAAAGUGCUCAAGUUGUCACAAACAUUCUACUGGCAUGUCUGUUGCAGCUUCCAUCCAAGGCACAGCUUCGAAUAAAAAUUUCAAAAUUUGUGUCUUCUAUAGCCGUAGAAUAUCCAAAGGAAUAUGAAGAAACUGCACUGGAAGUCAUUUGCUGUGCCUUAUCAAACACAGAAAAUCCUUUGGGAAUAAUGCAGGCCAUUAAACUUGUGGUAGAGGAUGCAUCUUCCAUAUUUUCUGUCCAAGGAGAAAGGUCUGAACGUAAGCUUGUGACUGGAGGGCAAGAUUUAAUGAAACCAUUAUUAUCAAAGAUCCAUCCACUUGUGCUUCAAGGAAUAUUGAGCUGCAUCACACAACUAUGGUACUCACACAAGGAAACACAGUCAUCCAUUGAAGCCUCCCAAGUCUUGCAAGAGAUGCAACGACUUAUAAAGAAUAGUACAGCCUAUUUACAAAAAUACUGCUCAAAGGACAACAUUGGAAAUUAUGAGUCUUGUAAAUUGUUAGAGCAUGGUUUAAUCAUAAUGAAACACCAGUGCUGUCCUCUUGAUUUGCGCAUAAACUGUGGCCAGAUGGUUGCUAUUAUUCAUAAUUAUUGUAAUGAAGAUGGACUUAAUAGUUUAGUACAAAAUGUCAUUUGUGAAGAUGGUCAUUAUGUAGCCUUACCACCUCUUGCACAGUUAGCUGUGAUUAAUGGAAUUUUGUGUGUGUCACAAGGAAAAGAACUGUAUACCAAUAACAAAUGUAACAACAUGUACCUCGGCCUUGAAAUCCUAGAAGCUAUUCUCAGCCCUGUUUUUCAGUCCAAUGAUGGGAGCAUGGCUAUUACCACGAUAAGAAUGUUUCAACACUGGACCCUGCGCACUUUAGAAGCAAUAAAGUCAUCAUCUUUUUCCAGUGAUCUUAGAAGUUCUUUGCAUCCAAGUUCCACAGUUAUGUCCCGUGUUUUUGAAUAUUUAUGGCUAUCUUGGGAUCACUUUUUAGAUAGUGUGAAACAUGCUACAAAAGAAAGUUUUCAGAAUUUAAUCAAGAUACACAAUGAAGUCAGUCCAGAGGGUAGUAUUGCUCAUUAUACAGAAAUGUGCAAAACAUUGCUACUGCAAUCAUCUUCGAGAAAAUAUAAACUAAGUGCUGUGAGUUGUCUGGUACCUGAUGUGGGUUGUCAGACUUUAUUAAAUUAUGAGCCACAGUUGCCUAGAUUGCUCCUGACAUCACUAAAAGAUUCAUCAAUGGCCAGCCAUGCAGCUGAAUUGCUGGAAGCUCUAUUCACAGUUCAUAUAAGAGAGGUUUCACAAGCAAAAUGGCAGGAUGUUUGGUUGCCUGUAUUCAUCAAUUUCUUUAGUCAAGAGAUGCAGACAUUUGGAUAUGAGCUGCUAUUCAAAAAGUUGCUUCUUACUAGUCCUGAAAGCCUAGAUAUUGUUGUGGAAACCUUGUCAGAGUCUUGUGAUAAACUGGAAAUGGAAAAACUAUGUUUGUUGAUCAUGUGUGUUAAGAUUGGUCGACAGUCAACCUACUGGCAGAAGAAAUGUCAAGAGAAGAAUGUGCAGCAUUCAGAUGUUUUGUGGAAGUUUAUUUUACCUUACAAGACAGUUAUGUUUUGCCUAAAACAUAUUCAUGAAUCAGUUCAGUUGUCAGCCCUUAGUCUUCUAUGUGAAAGUCCUAAAUCAACAGAAAUACCAGAAAAGGAAGAAAUGGACUUGAUACUAGACUACUUUCAUUAUAAUACAACAAAUCAAAGUCCUUCAUAUCGACAGCAUUUAGUAAAAUGCACAAAGAACCUAUUUCUUAGGAUCAAGGAAGCUACAAGGAUUCUAAACAAAUCAAGGAACUCAAAUGAUAACUUAAUGCAUAACUUAUAUUGCUUGAGAGAAUUUUGCAAAGAUUUAUUCAGUAUGAUGAUUCAAAAUCUUUUUAUUGGUGCUAAUACUGCCAGGAGAGGAACAUCCCUCAUUGUACUUGAACUAUUUAAUGAAAUUCUUUACAAAGAUUGUGGUACAUGCAUUGGUAUAGACGAGAUGAUCCAUAGCCAUAUGUAUGCGGACACACUUCUCUAUGUGUUAAAUGAUUCUUAUGAAAGUAACAAGAUCAUUGCCUUAAAGCUUUUGCUUGCAAUACCAAAAGAUAAGCUUCAUUCACAAGAUGAGAAAAAAUUAGAGUGUCUGAUUAAUGCAGCUUGCGACUUGGCAUCAUCCAGUAGACCUCCUGAUACUGUGACUGCCUCUUAUGUUUUGAAAUAUCUAUUAAACGAACCCAUAGCUGUAAAAAUUCUUUCAAGUAAAUUUUCCACUGAUCUUCAGUCUCAGGAACCUUUAGAGGUGUUUUUAAAGUUUUUGCUCCAGUCAUUGCAGUCUGAAGUAACAGUUGCUCAAGAAAGUUUGCUGAAGGCAGCAGCUUAUGGUCCUAUGUAUGGGUUAUUACUUUGCAUUAGAACAUUAUUAGGUAACAUUCCUAAAGAUCAGUUUGAUAAGAAUCACUGUGUUUGGAAAAGUAUUGUGAAGGAACUUCUUGCAGUGUGCUAUGAAGUGUCAGAAUUGGUUGCAUCUGUUGUAAGAAACUCAUCGCCUGAAGGCCAUUUGCCAAUGGACCUUGAACCAGAAAGUGUAGGUAGUCUGAAAGCUGUACUGCAAGCUUCUAUUAGCAAUCAGCAAAUUGGAAAUGACAUACAACUCUCUGUAGAUUCUAAACCUGAUGAGUUAUUGAAAGCCCAGGCAGUAAGUGCUCAGAUGUUACUGUUAUGUGCAUGGCGUAGUGUAAAGGAAAUAUCCUUAAUUUUAGGAGAUCUUGUUCAAAACUAUCCCUUAUAUCCAGAUCAUGUAUCUCUUUUGACUGUUGAAGAUGUUAAAAUAAUUGGUCAGUAUUUUUUGAUGCAGUUAUCUGAAACAAAACACAGAGGAGCUUUUGAACAAUCAUACAUAGGUUUCAAUAGGAUAUGUGAACAGCUUUGGCAGUGUAAUGAAGAGCAAUUAUACUCAUUGCCUGAUGAAUGGCUAAGAGAAGUACUUUAUGCUAUACAAAAUGACAAUGAUGAUCGUUUGUGCGCUACACGUCGUAGUGCUGGUGUCCCAUUUAUUGUUCAAGGAAUUUUGUCAUCGGAACCCAGUGUAAGGGGUGCUGUCAGUCUCAAGAAUACUAUGACUACUCUUCUUAAACUGGCUGCAGAACAUCAGUAUAAGGGUACUGAUGCCAGGAUCCAUGCCUUUAACAUUCUGAGAGCUUUAUACCGUGACUCUAGAUUAGGAGAUUUGAUUGUUCCUUAUGCACCUGCUGGCAUUAAAGCUGCUAUUAAUGGCUAUAAGAGUGAUUCAUGGGCAGAAAGAAAUUCAGCUUCAUUAUUGUUCUCUUCUUUGAUCACACGAAUGUUUGGUGUAAAGAAAACUCAAGAUGACCUCAGUCGCAAAAACUCCAUGUCGGCACUUGUGUUUUUUAGGAGGUAUCCAGAUCUCUAUGAUUUUCUCAAGAAUGAAUUGAAAAAUGGAGCUUGUGGUGUCAAGGAAGGAAAAUUAGUACCAGCCCUUUUUCCACUUUUGUUAUUAUUAGCACGUUUAUCUCCAUCACCAAUAGAGGGUCGUAAUACCACCUUAUCUAUGUCAGCUUUUACUUCUGCUGUUAUACAGUGUAUCUCAUCAUCCAUAUUCCAACUUAGGAAUCUCGCUUCACAUGCUCUUAUUUCUUUGGUCACCCCAGACAAUGUUCUUGAUGUGAUCAAUCAACUUUGUAGUAAAGCUUCUUUGACAGAUCAAAAUGGUCUUCAUGGGUCCCUUCUCUGUCUCAUUAAACUUUUGAAGUAUUUUCAUGACAGCAUCAUAAAGAACAAUGAGUCAGACUCUGUUGUGAAAAGCGUUGCUGGAAUAUCAUGGUCAGCAACAGAGUCUAAUCCAUGUUUAAUAACACGUGCCUGUGCCGUAGAACUCUUCACUUUCCUUAUCAGAAGAAAAUGUUCAUUUAUGAAUUUGCAUGCAUUUAAUGAAGUUAAUAAUAGUAGCUUCAUGCUUGUCACUUGUAAUAGUCAAGGUAGCCAUCAUCAGCCUUGGUCAGCUUUGUGCAAGAGAGCAGCCAGUAAAUAUCUCAUCCACUUUUCUCAGGCAAAAAAACCUGAUAUGUUUGAAUUAGUAUGCAAGUUAUUAAGUAACAGUGAUUAUGAGGUGCGUCUUACGUGCCUCAAUUAUGUGGAAACCCUUGAUGACCUUCCAGUGCCUGUAUUUCUAAAACUGUUUGAUCAAGUUCAAGGUAGAGAACAGCAUAAAGAAUGCCUAAUACAAAUGUUUAAAAUCUUGAAUAAGUUUGUGUCCUGUGUAGUGUAUGAACAGUUUGAUGCAAAUUGGGAAGAAGGAGUAAGAAUCCUUGGUUAUUGUGUGGAGAGAGCUGGUGAAGAAGCUUGUAUAGAAUUAUUGACAGAAAUAAUCUGUUUUACAUCUUCACUAGUUGUAUUUUUCCUGUCAAAGGAUUCUGUAAGCUUUUUUGGAACCUCUGUUUAUGGAUGGUUAGCAUUAGUAAAAUCUUUUAGUGGAAGUGAAAAUGAUGUUGAAGCAAGAAUUCAGGUGGCAAGAGGCAUUUCUAAUAUAUUGCCAUUUCUUCAUUCACACCAGAGUAUAUCGGGUGAAGCCAGGUUGAAUGUUUAUGAAAUAUUGAUAACUCUGCUGCAAGAUGACAGUGAUGUGGUGAGAAAUGUUGUUGCAACUGGUUGUACAAAACAUCUAGAGCAUAAUGAACUUCAAGGCACCAUUCAACCUACGAGAGUUUUGGAAGCCGUUUGUGAUAUCAUUGCUCAUUUCCACACCCCAGAGGCCCUCACAGUACUGUUAAAAUUAAUCCUGAAAGAAGAUGCUCCUGAAGGCUUUGGCUUAACACAGGAUGAUGACCGAGUUUUUGACAAGGGAGAGAUGAAUGGCUACAGAGAAGUAAGAACUGUUGCACAAGCUUGUGUGAAAUCCCUUGCAAAAGCACUUGACUCUUGGUCAGACAGUGUGCAUCCUCCUACAUUCAUUAAACAGGAAGUUAUUGCCUACCUUUGCCUCAGUUUGGAAGACCAAUCCCAGAAUGAUAUUAAAAAUGAUGUCCUUUCUUUAGGCACAUUCAUGAACAUGUUAAGUGAUGAUAUAAACCACGUUUAUAAUUUCAUCUCUCUUGAAAAUAAAGCUCUCUAUGGUAUAAAAAAUGUUGAUACAUGGCUUGUAAAAUUAGGCUGCCGUGCUGCCCUUUGGAAAGUUUUAAGAGUUCACUGUUGUAUUGAAUCACCUUUAGUGAGAUUAGUAUUUUUAAAUUUGAAUAAGAGUGCUAUGAAAGGGACAUAUAUAACUGAAAUUAUCAAUAACCUUUCAGUAUAGCCUUCAGACAGGAAUUACCUAAAUUACCUUAAAAUAUGGAAUUAUUUUUUAUUAAAGAACUUGUUCUCACUAAAUUUGGAGUAAAGUCUUCUACCGCCUCAGAAUAUUUUAACUUUACAGUACUCCAGAGCCGUGCAAUAUGUGAAUAAAUAUGGUUCUGUAUAUACCAUACAGUACCAUUUCACAACAUAUUUAGGCAAUUGACAAAAAUGGGAAAGUCAUACAUAACAUCUAAUUGUAAAGGAGAACCCUACUGAUCCCCAUCAAUAAAGGAAAGGUGUCUGACUCAACCUCUCAAAGGCUUCAGGUACUGAAGAACUACUGUUAUUGGAUAUCCCAGAAUCUGAACAUUCUUAGUUCUGUGGCACUCAAAUCUAAAAAACCAGAGGAUACCAAUUAUAUUAAUCACACCACAGAACUAAAAAUCUUAACUUUCACAGGGCCAACUCUGAAGGUUGAGCAGGUUUGUGGCUAUUUCCAGGGAUAAAAAAUUUAAAGGUAAAUUUAUUGAAGCUUAGCUAAUCUGUAAGUUUUAGUGACAAACCAACCAAAAUUGGAGUGGCGCAUGGAGAUAAAUGGGCAAAGAUGAAGAGUGAGGAUGAGGGAGAAAUUAUCUGAUCCCACACACGGUCUCCACUGAUAGGCUCACCAGAUUGGAACAAGACUUCCAAAUUAGAUGUUGACCAACAUACAUACUUAGUAAAGCAAACUGUAAGCCCUAUCCAAUUUCAUGGGAACGGAGUUAAGGAGUGUGAAUACAUUCUUAGUGAAGGUAAGGUUCCUGUCCCUAUUGUCACAGUAAUGGAACAUUUAUUCCUUCAUAGAGAUCAGCCCCAUGAAUUAGGGUAAAUGAUAUAAGGAACAGUAAAAGGUAUAAAUAUUAACCCUUACAGAAGAAAAUUAAAUAAGGACAGUGAAAAGAAAGGACAUUCUGGCCUCCCAAAGCCGUUCUUUAAAGAAAUACUACCUUCAAAAAGGGUCAUCUUUGUACAUUGUCACAGAGUGCACAAAAAUGAAAGGACCUAGAAUGGUCUGACAAAUCAGUGGUAAGUGAUUUUUAAUGGGCAAGACAAAAUUCCUUUUAGCUGUAAUAAGAUGGCAAACAAAAAUGACAAAUAAAAACCUGUGUAAUCUAGGAACUAUUGGCAUCUUUUUAACCAGCCCAAGUUGUUGCAAUACUUACCAUUGUGAGGCUGGCGAGACUAGAAAAAGCUUUAUAAUCACUGCUACAAUAAGGCUUUUACAAACAACUGAAAGAGAUAAAUAAGCAAGCUUAGGUAAAGAAGGGAUGCAACUGAGAUUGAUUUACUAUUACCAAAUCCAUUGUAAAAACAAAAAUGAAUACAAUAUUAGGUAGGGAAAUUCUUGAAAAACAAUCAUAUUAAAUAAUUUUAAAAACUGUGGAAAUGAGUAAAAACACUUGUGAAGAAACCAAGGGAUGUACAGAGUGUAGAUUAUAAAAAUUGAGGUUAGUAUAGUUCAGGUUGGUCAGUAGAAGUUACACUCCAGUGUGCCCUACAGUCCAGUGUGCCCUGGUGCCUUGUAUGAAUUGAGAUUCAGAACUGAUGGUUAUGCUUCAUUGUUUCUUUAGACUUGUUAAUAUUUGUCGUCAAAUUCAGUAUCCACCCUAAAAGAUAAUGGGUUGGUGCUGAAAAUGAAUAUUCAUCUUAUUAAACCCUCUCUAAUAGAGUGCAGAUUACAAUCUGGGACCAUUAAUUUAAUGAGGUUCAUGACAUGAAACUGUGUGGUGUAACUUGCUGGGUUGACUGUAAAUACUUUUAUUUCCUGAUAUGUGGUGCAAUAAUAAAAAUGUGAAAACUA